UAGCCCGUGGCGUUUGGGUUGAGUCGGAACUCAAGGAGAGGAACGCAUGCGUCAGUUGUCUUGUGCUUCUCGUGUCGGUCAUUUCCUCGUUCUGUCUUAAUGUGUUCCUCGUUAUAUUAGUCAGUGUCGAUGCUGUUUAAACUUGUUAUCGUAAUGCACCUACCACCGAUGUCAUCUUUUUAAAACUACAAUACAAACACUUUAAUAUUUCGACAUGCCCACUGUGAUAUCCAAGUGUCUGGAGGACGUCUCCAAGAUCAGCGUGCACAAACGUAAAUUCGGUAGUGGAGUGUUGACGGCUAUCCUACUCGUCUACAGCUGCAAACACGGUUACCCGUACAUAAAACAUCUCUUGCAUUCAACGCCCAAGAAGACGGUCGUCGUAUCCAACAACAACAAAAACGAGCCAAAUGCGAACGUUUCAGACGAACCGUCGGACAAAAGAGACGUGCCGGGUUUCAACAGAGAGUUUCUUAUCGAAUUGUAUAAAUUAAUCCGUCUUCUCAUACCUCGACUAUGGUGCAAAGAAGUCGGCUUACUCUCUGUUCACACGUUGGCGCUCAUAACGCGCACAUUUAUGUCAAUUUAUGUCGCCACUAUGGAAGGCCAAAUGGUAAAAUUCAUUGUGCAGAGGGAUAUCAACAAUUUUGCACUCAUGCUACUCAAAUGGCUGGGUGUUGCUCUCCCGGCGACCUUUCUCAACUCCCUCAUCCGAUAUCUCGAAUGCAAAAUUGCUCUCGCCUUCAGAUCCCGACUUGUAAACCAUGCUUAUCAUCUGUACAUGAAGAAUCAAACUUAUUACAGGGUAAGCAAUCUAGACUCUAGGAUAGAAAACGCAGAUCACCUUCUCACAGAAGACAUAAAAGCUUUUACCGCUUCUUUGGCCCAUCUCUAUUCUCAUUUAACAAAGCCACUGUUUGACUGUGCCCUAAUUGGUUUAGCAUUAGCAAGGUCCAGUCGUCAAAUGGGAGCUGCUGUUAUUCCAGGUCCACUUUUGGCUGUAAUUGUGAUUUCCUUAACUGGACAAGUGUUAAGAUGUCUUUCACCCAAAUUUGGCGCUCUGGUUGCCAUAGAAGCAGAAAGAUCUGCGUACCUACGGAGUGUACAUUCAAGAUUGAUAACUAAUGCUGAGGAAAUAGCUUUCUAUGGUGGCAGUAAGGUAGAAUUAAAUCAUUUGAAAGCAGCUUAUAGAUGUUUAGUGGAUCAUAAGAAUAAAAUUUUGUGCCAAAGACUUUGGUAUGUGGUCCUUGAACAGUUCCUAAUGAAAUAUGUGUGGAGUGGCACAGGUAUGAUUAUGGUAUCUAUACCGAUUCUCAUGGCUUCCAAUGAUACAGGGAUUGCUAGAAAUGUAAGCGACCGAACUCAGUAUUUUACAACUGCAAGAAAUCUCCUUAUCUCUGGAGCUGAUGCUGUUGAAAGAUUGUUGUCUUCUUAUAAAGAAAUUGUCGAAUUAGCUGGCUACACGUCUCGAGUCGGCGCAGUGCUGAAAGUCUUCAAGGAUGUCUCGGAGGGAGUGUACCAGAGAUCAGCCAUUACAACUUCUUUCAACAAAUACCGAGAUAUCAGAGGAUCCAUCAGACAUAGUACAGAUGGAAGUAUUAAAUUGUGUGAUGUGCCAAUUGUUACUCCUACUGGAGAUGUUGUUAUUCCGAAUUUGAGCAUACACAUAAAGCCAGGCCGUCAUCUUUUAAUAACUGGCCCCAAUGGCUGUGGGAAAUCUUCCAUGUUCAGAGUCAUUUGUGGCUUGUGGCCGCUGUAUGAUGGAACUCUUUACAUUCCUCCAAAUUCAAAUAUGUUUUACAUCCCACAAAGGCCGUACAUGUCGAUCGGUAGUCUCAGGGAGCAAAUCAUUUAUCCUGAUACCGUAGAAGAUAUGAGGAAAAAAGGAAUUAGCGAUAAAGAUUUGGAGGAAUGUCUCAGUCAUGUCGCUUUAAACAGUCUUGUGACAAGAGAAGGUGGAUGGUCUGCUGAGGCCGAUUGGAAGGAUAUUCUUUCUGGAGGGGAAAAACAAAGAAUUGCAAUUGCCAGGCUGUUUUACCACAAGCCAUCUUUUGCACUUCUUGACGAAUGUACUAGCGCUGUGAGUAUGGAUGUUGAAAGCAAAAUGUAUGAAGAUGCAAAAUCCCUCGGAAUAACUCUGUUGACAAUUACGCAUAGGCCUUCACUUUGGAAAUUCCAUGAUGAAAUUCUUGAGUUUGAUGGGCAAGGCAGUUGGCUACUUAAAGAGGUAUCACAUUAAGUCAUUCAUGAUAGCUGGAUUCAUGAACAGGACAAGAGGAAAGACAGACAUCCGGUGGCAAUAAGUUACUUUUGUUAUAUAUGUACUUAAAAAUUAGAAUGAAAAUCAAAUGUACGAGUGUAAAACCAAUUUUUUUUGGAAUGUAAAAUUGAAAUAUAUAAAUAAUGUAUCAUAAAU